AUGAGAGAUGUAAUUAGAGUUUGGAUUCCAAUUGACACAAAUGUAAAUGCACCAAAUUAUCAAAUUCCAACCUUUGAAAAUCAAAAAGAUUUAUUCAUUGCAAUGUUAGCUCCAAGUGAAAAUGAAGAAGCCUCACCACCAGUGAAUCCACAUUCCUACAAUGAACCAAAAGACUCAAAAGAUAAGAAAAUUGAUGAAUUAACUUUAGACUGGAUUGAUGUUAUGAGCUUCUCACAUAAUGUGGCAUCCAAUGCAAAAGAUGUUCACCUUGGUGAAUUAACAUUAACUAAAUUUGUAUGUGACCGUUCACCAUCACUCAACUAUAUGACAUUACGUCGUGAAAUUAUUCCUCACGUCAUUCAUCGUUCUAUUGGUAAAAUGAAAGAGAAUGUACUUCCAAUUCUCGAAUAUGAAAUGCAUCAUUGUACUUUAUCAAAUGUUUCAAUUUCUGGUGGUACUGGUGGAAAGCCAGUUGAAACAUUAUCAGUUUCAUGUAAAAUUAUCAUUGUCAAGAAUAUUAGAAUUAAUGUACAAUCUGGUGAAUUAUUAUGUUAUCAAGUUUACAAAUGGGAUAUGCUAAAAGAAAAUGGCUCAAAAACCAUUCGUUCAACAAAUUAUGCUACUCCAACAGCAUCAAAUUUAUUAGAAUUAGCAAAGAAUCGUAUAAUGGUUGAUCUUGAUUCUCAAGAUCCAUCAAUGGUUAAAUUACUCAAAGAUCUUGGAAUUGUACCUAAAUAUAAUUUACCACAAUCCGACAGUAGCGAUAAUGAUCAUGAUGAAGGUGCAAAUGAAUUCCACAGAGUAAUGAUAAGUAAAGAACCAGAAUUAUUCCAAUUACUUGAUGUAUCACCACAUACAAUAACAAUUGAUACAAUUAAAAAAUCAAUCUCGGAUAAACUUAAUAUUCCAUUGGAUACAAUCAAAUGUUUAUACAAUCACUCAAAUGGUAUCUUAAUUGAUUCUCCAAAAAUUUUAAAAAUUUCAAACUCCUAUUUGGUACAACUUACUAAUGGUAAAUUCUAUGGUUAUUAA